AUGUCAGGCCAAGCUACUCCAACUGCUCCCCUGACUCCUCUUGACUACUGGCAACAAUCCCCCAAAGACAGACUAUCACAGUUUGAUAACAUCAUGAGGUGCCAAGAUGGUGUUUCCAAUGGGCUGUGGGAAGCACAUUGCAUCCUCCUGUGCCCUCUCCUGUUAGAUGUCAUAUCCCAUGGCAGAGAUCAACUUCAUCUUGGCAAGGUAAAGAUUGACUUCCCUGGUCUUCCAUACUGA